AUGCCAACGGUGCGGGAGCAAGAUGACGUCGACCAUGUUGUCUGCUGCAAACACGGAAAGCCUUGUCAACUCUCAUUGCAACGAGUUCCAAAGUCUGCACGUGGUCAAGAAGUCCCAAGAUCGCCAGAUGUUGGUCGUUGUAGUGGUGGCAGACGCAAGAGACAGCAGCAGCAGUACCAUCAGCAGUCGGAUAAUAACUCGUCCAUCACCGACUUAAGAGGGGCAACUCAAGGCAGUAUUAGCAGCUCGUCGACCAACUAUGAGAACAUCCCGGCUGGGGGAUUGCCGAAUGAGGCGACUGCUGUUGACAUUGGCAGUGGUGGUGGCGGUUCUGCAAUUACUAGCGAGACGGAAAUCACUGAAGACGAAAGCAAUCCUGCGACUGAUGAACGCCCUCCAAGCCUGGACUUGUUUCGCCAGAGAUUUGAAGAGGAACAACUGUAUGAGGACAUCCACCACGUGGGGAUGCAUCGAUGUGGACAUGCUGCAAAGAAGGCUGCCAAGAAGCCAGGCGAAUGUCAAAAGGAGGCUGGGAAAACCAAAUCGAGCGAAAAGUCGCUUGAUAGGCCGGUUGCUCCUUCUGCUGCGGGUGUUGCUGUUCCAAUGUCAACUGCUGAUGUCAAACGCAUUCCUACAGCGGACAUGACCAAAAGCAGAGACCUUGUCAACCCUAAGGAGAAGCUGACUGAGUUCUAUGCAGGACCGUGCACACCGAGUGAAGCUGAGCGUCAAUGUAAAGCUGCCGGCAUGUUCCGUCUCUACCAUCGAAUUGUGGUUGUCGAUGAGGAUCAGCUGCAAAGUGUUCUGCCGUUGUUCAUUGUCUACAGAAAUCUGAAGGGAAAAUACUGGUAA